UUGGGUUCCCGCCUGCGAUUGUCAACUUCUUGUGUUUUCGUUGUUGUGUUUCAGUUCGAGUUUUUGGCUGAUAUAAAACAGUACCUGGUCUUUUAAACGAGCAAUAAUGGGCAGCACGACCAAGUUUGUGAACGAAUUCUGUGAUAUUAUCGAUUCCUAUGGCGGUCGAGAUAAGGUAAUGAAGGCGCUGUGCUACAGUGCCAAACUGGUGGCUGGAUACCAUGCCAAGCGGAAUCCGGAUCUUGCCAAGCGAUAUGCCACCGCCAGCUCGAAGAUCUCUGGUGCGAGGGCCACCCUACGACUCAUUGAUGACAUCCCUAUGAUCCAGUAUGCCUUGGAGUACGGUUUGGGUGAGAAUGAACCUGAUCGUAUAAUGGCUGUUCUGGGAGUCACGGCCAAUAUAGUGGAUCUGCUGUAUUAUCCUAUUGAGAAGGUGUGUUGGCUGGCCGAGCACAAGAUUGUGGAUGUCAAGAAUGCAGAUAGUUGGGACAAUGUGAGCUCUAUAUUCUGGGUUCUCUCGGUGUACCUGAACCUCAUGAGGACAAUGCGGAAUUUUUCUUUAAAUCAGGACAAACUAAAUCGUACUAAGAAUAUCAAUGAACUGGAUAUCAAAACCAUCACCAAGCAUCGUCUGGAGAUGGUUUCCAUCGUUCGCAUCUCCCUAGACUUUGUACACGCCGUCAGUACACUGCCCAAGGGUUAUUUGUGGGGCGGCAAGCUCUCUACUCUCCAAGUUGGAGCCAUUGGCACCUUAUCCGCUGGCCUGGGCAUCUACCAGAUCUUUGCCAAGAGAAGACUGAACAAGUAGUAGAGCCGUCAUCAUUGUAUUUGCAAUCUGUGUACUCGUAUUUGUUGAUCAGAAUUUUAAGCUAGUCGGUAACGCGUUUUUUGUACGUUGAUUUUAUUAAUUACGGCACUCGAAAGUGGUUUAGUUAGUAGGUUCCUUAAAGAAGCACAAAAUACAAGCUUAAUAAUGGUGAAAAAAGAAGAAAAACUA